AUUGAGACCAUGUUUCUCAGUAAGGAUGGCCUGAUGGACCUCAUGGGAUGAGUAGAAACUAUAUGAAUACCAAAUCUGAAUGUUGAAAGAAAUUAUUAACUUUAUGCAGGAGACAAUUAAUGAGGUGGAGGGGUAAGGAAAUUAAGGGCCUGUUAUGUCUUAGAUGUUUUUGUUAUGCCCUUAAAGGAACAGCAGGUGGCGCUGUUAUCCACAAAACAUUAAACAUAUUGUCCACUGCUCAACUGACGGACACGAAUAUAAAGUCUAUGGUCACUGAAGAAGUCGUAUUAUAGACUUUGUCAUCACAAUAUUUCUUCACCAUGAUGUCAUGAACGAGGCAGUCUUGAUUCAAUUAUCGUUUCAUGUUUGUCCACAAACAAAGAGCAUGAUUCCAUGCAGCGGGAGUGGAACUCACGUAUCAAACGCUUUGUUGUCAAACGGACCCUCAUUCAUGUAGCACCGCUUAUAAACAAGCUGCUGGGAAACUUCUAGAAAAUGUGAAGCUGUAACAUCAUAAGGGUGAAUUUAGUACAGCUUGUAUUAAGUCAUAUUUGUUUAAGAUUUGUACAAAAUAAAAGUGAAUUAAAAGAAUAUUUAAAACGAAGAUGGCGUCUUCAGAGGCUCAGUAUGACAGUGAUGAUGGGACUGGGAGGAGGAGUUCAACAAAGUUCCCAUGUUCACGAAAACAGCCCCUAGCUUGUCUCCAGGCCAUCAUUCACGAUGAAGACAGAACUCCAGAGGAUAUGUGGACCACAGCUUGAAGUCUCUUCAGCUGCAUUCAGACCUUUGGUCAGGGGAAAAUGUGGGUGUAAGAAACUUGUGAUUAUAAUAAAUUGCUUCAUUCCUCCACAGAGAUAACAAGGAGCCUGAAAGAUGAGGAAUGUGUUUUUCAAAGAGAAGAACUACCAAAAGGCGAUCUUGGCUUACACAGAAGGGCUAAAGAAUAAAUGUUGAGAUCAGGAGACCAACACUGUUCUGCUCACUAACAGGGCAGCAGCACACUUCCACCUGGGUAACAUGUGAUCUGCACUGAACGAUGCUGCAGCUGCAAAGAGGAUCAAACCAGACCACCUGAAAGCCUUAAUCAGAGGUGUUUAGUGUUGUAUUGAGCUGCGCAACCAUGCAGAGGCCCUGCAGUGGUGUGAGGAGGCACUCAAAGCCCACCCAACAGACAAGAAGCAGACAAAGACACAAACACAAGAGAGCGGCAGAAAGAGAUACCAGGAAGGCCAAGGCUAAAGAGAAAAAGUUGCACAAUGUGAAAGAAGCUCUUCUAGCUGCUUUAAAGGAUCGAGACAUCAAGCUCCUGCAGCCUAUGAAGUCUGGUCAGCGUGGUUCUGACAGUGAGGAUGAGGAUGAAGGCUCCUCUGCAGUGAUAUCAGGGCUGAGUCUGGACGGAUUCAGCUCACAGUAGGUGACCGGGGCUCAGGUGUUCCUGGAUGAGCACGGCUCCCUGCACUUGCCCGACCUCUUCCUCUACCCUGAACACCAGCAGAGUGACUUCAUCUCCGCUUUCUGUGAGAGCAACUGUCUUAUGGAUCACCUGGGGGUCAUGUUUGGAGAAGAACUUCCACCUUGGGACAUGGACAGAAAAUAUCGCACACAAAAUUUGCAGCUUUACUUUGAGGGUGAGAAGAAAGAGACUCUCCACCAGGUCCACCCAGAGACCUCACUUUUGAAAGUGCUGCAGCAAAAAAGGUUUUUCAUCAAAGGAGGCACUCCCAGCUUCAUCAUUCUAGUAAGCGGCUCACCUUUCAAGAAGCAGUUUUUAUCAGGAAAGAAAACACAAGGAAUGUAAAGACGAGUCUUAAACCCUGGACUGAUGGUUCAUAUCAACCCCAAAGGACUAACUUCUGGAAAAGACACCAAGGUAAACAUGUUUGUCUCCUUUCACCGAGAGCAGCACACCAGACACCUGAUUCUCUGGUUUUCUUUACAAAUACAAACUCAAUAAAAAAAAAUAACUCU